CCAUCGUCGCUAUCUGCAGCUGUAGCCGCUGAUGACGAAUUUCUCUCUUUUUUUUUAUUUUUGGUUUUUUUUACUUCCCUUCUGCCAUUUUCAUUACUAGUAAACUCCCAAGAGAGAAGAACCCAAAUCAUGCUCUAGUGUUCUAAGAAAAAAAAAGUUAGAAUUGAAGAUUCGAUUACUGGAGGCAGGAAAAGAAAAAAAGAGGUUAAGGGAGAUUGAGAGGCUGAGCCCACUUAAACAAACCAACAAAUUCACCCCACCCAUCUUCACAUAAACCUGUUAAUUCACCUUCUUUUGUUAGAUUUUUCAGCUGUAACUUCCGGCGAGUUCAUGUUGGGGGUUUCAGGUUUGACCGGGAAUUCGAGUGGUGGAGCCACCGACGGGAAUCAUGAAGGUGAGGUGGGUGCUGUUGGGUCAAUUGCAGGUGGAUUUGGAGAGGAGGAGAGGGGGAGAGAGGGUGAGCGGAAUUUGGCCGGAAAUCGGUGGCCUCGUCAAGAAACGUUGGCGUUACUGAAGAUACGGUCUGAAAUGGACGUUGCUUUUCGUGACUCCACUCUCAAAGGUCCACUGUGGGAAGAGGUUUCUAGGAAACUAGCAGAGCUUGGGUAUCACCGAAGUGCCAAGAAGUGCAAAGAGAAGUUCGAGAACGUGUACAAGUACCACAAGAGAACCAAGGAUGGAAGAGCUGCUAAGCAAGACGGCAAGGCCUACCGAUUUUUCGAUCAGUUAGAAGCACUCGAUAACCACUCACUUCCUCCGCUUUCGCCGCAAAAAGUGCUUCAAACUCCUACUACGACGAUGCCCACGUCGACGACGACAGCGACGACGACGACGACGACGACAACGACAACGACAACAAUGCCGAAGGAAAACCCACCAAACAUCACUCAACACAUUGUCCCAUCUUCUAUCCAGAACGUUAGUACUACCGAUUUCGUCUCUACCUCUGCCACCUCAUCAUCAUCGACAGACUCCGAUGAAGAAUCGGAAGGGACGCGGAGGAAGAAGAAGAAAUUAAUGAAUUUCUUCGAGAAACUCAUGAAGGAGGUCAUUGAUAAACAGGAGAGGUUACAGAUGAGAUUCCUAGAAGCACUAGAGAAGCGGGAGCGCGAGAGGGUGGAAAGAGAGGAAGCAUGGAAGAUCCAAGAGAUGGCACGAAUGAAUCGGGAACAUGAAAUAUUAGUCCAAGAGCGAUCAAUCGCCGCGGCAAAGGAUACAGCUGUGAUUGCAUUCUUGCAGAAGAUCUCAGAACAGUCGAGUCCGGUGCAAUUGAGGGAAGUGCAAUUGCCGGAGAAUCAAAUGCCAUCGGAGAAAACCGUGGAGCCUCCACGAACAGAUAAUGUUAAUAACGUCGUGGAGACAUUCAGUCCAUUGAGUUCUUCUCGAUGGCCCAAGUCUGAAGUUCAAGCUCUGAUCAAUCUUCGAACCAACUUGGAUCUCAAGUAUCAGGAAAAUGGGCCCAAAGGACCUCUAUGGGAGGAGAUCUCAUCCUCCAUGAAAAAGCUUGGUUACAACCGGAGUGCGAAGAGGUGCAAAGAGAAAUGGGAGAACAUCAACAAGUACUUCAAGAAGGUAAAGGAGAGCAACAAGAAGAGACCGGAGGACUCUAAGACAUGCCCGUACUUCCACCAACUCGACGCGCUCUACAAAGAGAGGACGAAGAAGAUGGAUGAUUCAUUCAAUCCCGGAUAUGGGUUGAAGCCGGAAGACCUAGUGAGGGAGAUGAUGAGUCUGCCUGAACAAGCAAGACCCCUCCGACAGGAACCACCACGGCCGGAUUCUGUAAUGGAAGAUAUUGGCAGCGAGAAUUUAGAUCAAAACCAAGAAGAAGAUGGCGAUGAAGACGAUGAAGAUGAAGCAAGUGGGUACGAGAUUGUUACCAACAACAACAACAACCCGUCCUCAAUGGCCAUGGUUGAGUGAGACAAUGUGGAAUAACUUUUAUCAGAGCUCAUGUGGGUGUGUCACUGGGUGUGUCUGAUCUUUGGAAAGUGGGUCAGAUUUGCAGAGGUUGUCGCAUAGGUAAGUGGGUCAGAUUCCGGUUGGCUUGAAAUGCGGUGGACAAACUUCAUCAAUUUGAUACAUAAACAUAUAGGAAUUGGGUGUAGCUUACGAUGGGUAUCUUAUAUUUUAAAUUUAUUUAUUAUUUUGCUUAAAAAAAUGUUAGAGAGAGAGAGAGAGAAUAAAUAAAGGACUAAUGCUACAUCGAUAGACUAUAGAGGGGGAGAGACAUUGAGAGGGGUACAGAAUAAAGAAGGGAUUCAAGUGUUAAAUUUCUGUUCUCUUUGGCAACAAUUUGUGUAGGCCACUGUACUGAGUGUUUAUUUUGGUGAGUAAAGACCAUUGUCUUGACAUUAGUGAUCAACAAAAUACAAUUAACCAAAACCCAAGUUUUCUAAUCUACAUUCCUUUCAUA